AAUGAAGUACUUCCGCUCACCGCCUCUGUCACGUGACCCACGCGUCCUUGGCUUGUGCUAGCAGUGACAUGUGAGAGAAACAUGUCUGUCCCGAAGAAACCCGGCGGCAAGGCCUUGGAGGUUCUGCAGAACCUGCCCCGGAUCACUUUAGCGAACCUGCGUCCUGAACCCGGGUCGAAGCAGAGGGAGAAGAAGCGAGGCAGAGGGCAGCAUGGGGGCAACAGAAGCGGCCGAGGGCAUAAAGGAGAGCGGCAGAGAGGCACCCGGCCUCGGCUCGGCUUUGAAGGGGGUCAGACUCCUUUUUAUCUGGUCAUCCCGAAAUACGGCUACAAUGAAGGACACAGUCGCCGUCCUCAGUACCAGCCUCUGUCACUGAAGCGACUACAGUACCUGAUCGAUCUGGGACGAGUCGACCCGACCCAGCCGAUAGACCUGACCCAGCUCGUCAAUGCCAGAGGAGUGACGGUCCAGCCUCUGAAGAGGGACUACGGAGUCCAGCUUGUCGACGAGGGUGCUGAUAUUUUUGCAGCAAAAAUAAACAUUGAAGUUCAGAGAGCUUCUGAAGGAGCCAUAGCUGCUAUUGAGAGGAACGGAGGGGUCAUCAGCACCAGUUUCUAUGACCCUAUAAGUCUCGGGAUUCUCAUCAAGCCCGUCCCGUUCUUCAUGCGCGGGCAGCCUAUCCCAAAGAGAAUGUUGCCAGGGGAGGAUAUGGUCCCAUAUUACACAUUUGCUAAAAACCGGGGUUACUUGGCAGACCCGGAGAAAAUCCGACAGGCCCGGCUGGCCCUGGCACAGAAGUAUGGAUAUAUUUUGCCAGACAUUUCAAAGGACGAACUGUAUCACAUGCUCUCCAUGAGGAAGGAUGUUCGACAGAUCUUCUUUGGCCUCGCUCCAGGCUGGGUCGUUAACAUGCCGGAGAAGAAGAUUCUGAAACCCACUGAUGAGAAACUUCUGAAAUAUUACAGUUCAUAGGUGUGAGGAUGUUGAAGUGGAUGUUUAUGUACAGUAUCUCUUGACAUGUGUCUCAAAAUGUGUGAAAAAUAAAAGCCUUGGACAUGUUUCCAUUUUAUAUUAAAUGUGGAGAAGCGGCA